AUGUCUGUCCUAAUGGGACUCUCGGAAUACCCAUUGGCCACCAGUAAUCCGGCCCAACAAGUUAGUUAUUUUUCGUUUGUUUUAUAUAAAUCAGCUUCAAAAUUUAGGAAAACUGGAAAUUUUUUUUUUGAUAAUUUUGAUCCUAAUUUUAUAAUUUCAGCCACCUUUCGGGUAUCAAUGGUCCAACAACAACCGAACAUCUCCCAAUUCGAUGGGCAGCACCAAUAAUAGUCCCUCUCCUCUCAACUCUAAUGCUCCACCUAUGAAUAACCCAACUGCUCCCUCACCUUUGAUCGGAUCCCAGCCCAAUAUGGGACCCCCAACAUCAAGUUCCAACAAUCAAGAGAAUAGUACACCUCCUCUCUCAAACCACGGCGGAACUCCUCCUCAACAAGACAAUGAAUGCCCUCAGGUGAUCAAGUCUCCCUUUGACGAUGAACUCCGUUGUAUGCCCUUGAAUCCGCAGAUGCAUCUCCCCCCAACGCAACACGAACAUCUACGGAACUUGCUUAUAAAUACAAGGUACAAUGCUCCGGAUAUCCCUCAACUUCGAGCACAAUUCCCUCCAUCAGUCAACACGCUCCAAGGCCACAACUUUAUCACAAGUUUGUAUCCACAAGUUCAGAAUCUCAACCGGUCUCAAUGUUUCGUGGUCCAAGCUCCUCGAAUACCCCCGCCUCCGGUGAUGAUGCCCCAACAACAGCCCCCAGCUCCCGCACCACCUCCACCAAAGAAAAAGCGACAGACCAAGAAAGAAAAAGAGGAGCAAAAGAAGCGAGAAGAAGAGGAGAAACGGAUGAUGCAGCAGCCAAUGAUGAUGCACAAUCCCCAAAUGUUUAACCACAUGCCCCCAGGCCAAUUCAUGCCUGGACCAAUGCCUGGGCAGAUGCCCAUGCAAAUGAUGGGAAUGGAUCCGAAUCGGCCUUCCUCGUCAGAGAUGCGAGAUCCUUGCCUAAUGUCGCCUAACGCGAUGCUUCCUCAUAUGAAAGGUAAGCAAAAAUUCAUUGAUAUCAUUAUGUAUUUAGGUCCGGACGGAUUUGCAGUGCCCGGUCCAGUCAUGAAUCGGUUCAAACCACCAACAGAGAGAAUCGUCGAAGCUAACCAUUCUUGUGUGUCUUGUCAACAACCAGUCUCCCCCGAAAUGAAAGGAAUCCGAUGCACGGCGAGUGGAAUGGGGUGUGGAAGUGUUUUCCAUGCUGUGAGUUGUUGUUUUUACUUGUUAUUUCCGUUUUUAGACAACAAAAUUUUUGAAUUUGAAAUUUCCCGCCAAAUUCGACAAAAUGUCAAUUUUUUUAUGCUGUUUGUUGAGUACCGUUGGUAUUUUAUAUCUAAUAUAUUCACUUUUUGUAGUCAUGUGUGAACAUCAACCCGGAUGCGUUGUAUCAAUUCCAGUUUGAACAACAAUGUGAGUGGAGCUGCAUAAAUUGUGCAAAACGACGGAACGGCUUCUUCUAA